AUGGCGUUGUCCGCCGAGCAUUUGGGUUUCCCGGGAUGCCGUCGGAGCGGAUGUUUUCCCGCCAUCAUCUACAUCGACAUUGCUGACCCAAAUGUUCGAAUAACCGAUUGUCCAUGGAUAGCACUCGAAAACGCGCUUCACUUGCGUGCAAUCAUUGUCGUAGGCGGAAACGGCGAUGCAACGGCGUUGUUCCGUCGUGCGGCCUCUGUGAAGACUCGGGCGUGGAAUGUGCCUCGAUCAGAGACUUCAUCCUCGGAGUUUUUUCGACGCCUUGACGCAGUCGAAACUUUUUUGUGGAACACCCCAAGGCUUCCUCCAACUCCUCAAACCGGUGAAACUAGAAAUGGCUUCUCUUUUUCUGUCGCUCAUUCUGAGAAUGAAAGGGCAGAGUUUCAGCCUUCAGUAUUGAUAUCUUCACCGUCACGACCAAAUCCAGUGGACGUUUCUCGACUCAUCAACAGCACUAAUUCUCCCUUCAUGCCGCCUGAACAUGAUAUUCCUCCUAUGAGUAUCCCAACGGGCCACACUACUACUACUGAAUAUAUGCUGCAUAUGAAUAAAGUGAAAACUCUCUUUGGGGAAUUCCCACCUGAUCUGUUUAUACGGGCUGAAUCAAAUCGGCACAUGCCUCCCCAGCUGUCUUUCGUCCCGGGAACAAUAAACACAGAACAACUCCCUUUACUUGAUGAAGGGAACACUUUUCCCCUCGUGGAGGCAUACUUCAAAUACGUCCAUAUUGAGAUGCCGAUCCUGGACAAAGAUCAAUUUUUGGCUUUGUAUGAUCGCCAUAUCAGGUCAGGGUUGAAGGUCGACUGUGACUCUGCACUAUGUCUCGCAGUUCUCGCGUUGGGAUCAGCCGCGCUCGAACAGACCGAUCCAACAAAAUCAGUUUCCGCAUACUGGGUACCUGGAGGAGAUUACAUCUCACCCGCGUUGCAGAUAUUGAUGAACGAGUACCUGCUGUCAUUUUGUCCGACAAUCACACUACCCCAGAGCUUGAUAUUGGUAUCUAAAUACUUCGGGUUUCUACUGCGACCUCUCCAAUCCUGGAAGUUGAUACACAUGGCUUCGACCAGCAUUCAAUAUUUGAACAGCCGGAGCCAGGCUUCGCCUGAUAACCACGACCUCAAGUCUAGUAUAAUCUUACUGUCUUGGGCAGCCUUUGACACCGAAUGUGAUUUGAUCGCAGAACACCACUUACCUCGGAGUGGAAUCGAGCAUGUCAUUGAUCUGACCCCUUUUCCGUCGUUCGCAAAUCACGAGGCCCAAGAAACAAAUGUUUUUCUUGCGGAACUUUCCGUUCGUCGCCUCCUCAAUCGCGUUCACCAUACCAUGUACGGUAGUGACUGGACGCGACGUAGUCUUGGACUCCAACCGGCUUCGAGUGAUAGUCCCUCAUAUGACUUCCAGUCACUUUCCAAUAUCCUCAGCGUGUCACAGGAACUCGAUCGACAACUUGACAACUGGUUCGAAUUACUUCCACGGACCAUCAAGCCCGACAUGAAUGAUGAAUCUCGAUUUACUGGUCUUCGGGUAAACAUGCUCCAUCGCUUUCACUCUGCAAAGGAUAUCAUCACAAGGCCAUUCCUUCUCUGUGCCCUUGAUUUGUCUCCGGAAACAGAAGUACCACCAAUGAUUCUUCAGCAAUGCGAGGCUAGCAUAGCCAAUUGCCGGGCUUAUUUGGAGGCUUCAACGCGCAGAUUGAUGAAUCCAUCAUUUUGCGCGGAAAUUAUCAUUCAUACCAUGUUUUCUUCAAUCAUUCUCCUUACUUUGAGCUCUGUCAGCCCUGCGUUGACGCAUCUAGUUCUGGACAUUGAUACUCUACAAAAGAACACCAUUGGAACCAUUGAGAGAUUCUCUGUUGUCGGAUCUUCCAUUGAGGAAAUUUAUGAAAUUGUUCUUCUGUUGCACAGCAAGACUCGGAUAUUGAGACGGACAAUGAAACUUUCAUGA